AACGAAAAAGGCUUUUCCCUCUCUAUCUCCUUCUUGUGUUGAAAAUUUUGGCGGGCAAUCGUGGAGGAAUUCAAAUCAAAAUCAAAACCCUAGCGGAACCCUCACCAAAUUUCCCAUUUCUCUUUCCUUCCCCCCUUUCCCUCUGUCACUCUCUCUCCGCGGGAAGUUUCACUGGCUGCUCCAGGACUGACUGGAGGCUGGAGGGUGGUUCAUGUCUCCUGAUUUCUUGAAUUCGUCGAGGAAGGUAUCGGUUAUAUGUAUGGUCAAGUUGUUUGGUUCCGUUGUUUAUUGAAAAAAGAGGGACAAUCCUGCUGGUGAGGAAAAUAGGUUGCAAGAGGAGCCAUGGGGAAAGUUUCUCCUAAGGAUGGGGACUUUGACACUCCUAGACGACGAAGGCGGUUGCGGAGUUCAAGUAGCAGGUACCUGAAACCUGGCGCUCUUGCUCAGCUGCGAUACAGCAAAGCGUCGGUGACAAAGUCAUGUACCGAUCUCGGAAGAAAGAGGGUUGCUGUGUUUGGCACCGAGAAGACAGAUGUUCUUGACAAUGUUGCUGUGGAAAAUAAGGUGGAUGCUCAUGACAGUAGUCCAUUGUUACUCUCCCCCGUGAAUUUGUUCAAACAGAAUCGCGCCGAGGGGACACCUAGGACGCCUCGUGUUGAAGAUUGCGAAUCUGAGUCGAGGCUGGAGUCUCUUCCCAUGGAUUUGCUGGUUAAUGUCCUGUGCCACCUUCAUCAUGACCAGCUAAGGGCAGUUUUCCAUGUUUCUCGGAAGAUUCGGAAGGCUGUCGUGAUUGCCAGGCAAUUUCAUUUCAAUUAUACCACCCCAGAUCGUUCCAGACAGGAGAUGUUGCGAACAAUGACACCGCUCCCUGCAGAGCACUAUCCUUUUGUUGGGAAGGGAGAUGGAAAGAGUGUCUUACUGCCAAGCCCCCAUACUCCUAAAGCACCAAGACAAGGUCCCAGGCCACCUUCUCGCCUGAAAAUCACAGAGAUGAAGCAAAUUGCAGCCGUGCUUUUCCAGGAUUCUGCUUUCCCCCCAAGAUGUGUGGUUCCUUCUGCUUUGUCCAAACCCAUAUGCAAGUCUUUGGCUUCUAAUCGCGUUCUCUUCUAUGAGGAUGAGUUAUGCCAUGCUGUUGCUCAAAAUAAGCUUCGAUAGUAGUCCUGUCUUUUUCCAGAACUCGGGUUUCCUCCUUGUGUAUAGUUUGCUCUCUCUAAGCUCUUCAGCUAGUUUUAGUCAGGAAAGGGAAGGUACCAAUUUUGUGGUGGACUAAACCAUUAGUUGGGGUAGCGAUUGUUAGUUCAUCAUAGUUGCCUUAGGAAUUGAACAGGAGUGUGCAAUGCAAUAAUAGGGGUCUGAGGCUAGUUGGUAACUUUGUAUAUAUUCUUAUCUAUACAUAUAUAUUUUGAGAAGGCAGCUGAGUUUUCAAUGAACCAACUAGUGCUUGCUUUGGAAAUUACUAGCG